AUGAAUUAUGAAAUUUAAAAUUAAGAGAGUUACUAUUUGUAUCUAUCAAGCACAUAUGGAGCAGAGUUUAUUGAAACUAAGCUUUCCUUACAUAGCAAUAUUAGAAAAUUAAAAUUAGUAUUAAAUACAAAUGAUAAGGAAGGUAUAAAUUAGUUAGGAUUGCAACUUACAAAUUUAAAUCAUUUACUAGAAUUAACCAUCAUUAUUUAAGAAGAGAGUUGCUUUAAUGAAAACAUUUUACAAGAUUUUUUUUAAUAUUUCUAAUAACUGAAAAAUUUAGUCAAAUUGGAAGUAAAUGUUGCUAGAUAAAGCCCCUUUUAAGAAUAAAGAUCUUCAUAUUUAUCUAACGCUAUUUAAAAUUUAGUAAAUUUAGAGAGUCUUAUUAUAAAUUUCGAAGGAGAAAAUAACCUAUCUUAAAAUGGAGCUUCUGCUAUUGGAUAUUGCUUAAGAUAUUUGAAGAAACUCAAUAAUUUAAAUUUAUAAAUUGGUUAUGAUUUUAUAGGAAAAUAAGGAUGCGAAAAAUUAGCUGAUGGAAUUGCUCAUCUUAUUAAUUUACAAUAAUUGACUAUUUCUAUUAGAGAGUAUAAUUUAAUAGAAAGUGGAUCUAUUUAGCUUGGAAAAAGCUUAGAGAAUUUAACUAAUUUGAGCUAUUUAAAACUAAAUAUAGAAAUGGAUAACUAAAUAGAAUCUCAAGGUGCUAUAGCUUUAGCAAAAGGAAUUUCAAGUCUUACUAAUUUGAAUCGUUUGGAACUCUUAAUAGGUUAUAAUAAUAAUAUUGGCUAGUAGGGAGCAAUUAGCCUAGGAAAUGCGCUUAUAAAAUUGAAAAGUUUAGACUAUCUUGAACUAAUUAUUUCUGGUGGAAAUGAAAUUUAAUUCAAAGGUGCUUAGGGUAUUGCAGAAGGUUUAAAGGCUUUAAAAAAUCUAAAAGAUCUUAAAUUAAAUAUUCUAGGAGAUAAUUAAUUAGGAUAAAAAGGUUCUACUUCGAUAAUCAAAUCAUUAUCUUAUCUUAAAAAUCUAGAAAACUUAGAAUUUGAUAUUGGUGAAGUUGAUUAUAUUGAAAAAGAAGGGGCAAUACAACUUGGAAAGUCAAUUUAACAAAUGAAAAAUUUAAAUAAUUUAAAUUUAUGGAUCCAUGACUGUAAUGAUAUUUAGCAAGGAGGCGCUAAAUCAAUUGGCUAAGGAUUAUCUCAUCUUUCAAAUUUGAAAUUUCUUAAUUUGAAUAUCUUUUCUGUAAAUCAAAUAGGCCCUAAAGGUAUUCAAGCAAUAGCAAAUGGUAUAAAAUGUUCAAAAAACAUGGAGAGUCUAUCUCUGUGGAUAGAUCAUGAUAACUAAAUAGGUAGUUAAGGAUGUAUCUUUAUUGGAGAGUCACUAUGUCAUUUAAAAGAUUUAAAAACUUUAAACAUUGAUAUUGGUGUUUAUUCAAAAGUAGGGAAAGAGGGAAUAAUAGGAUUAUCUCAGUGCUUUAAAUAUCUCAAUUAAUUAUAAGACCUAAAUUUUAGCAUAAAAGGUUAUAAUAAUUUGACAUAAGAAGGGUUUUAAUAAUUCUCAAUCAAUAUGAAAAGUUUAGUCAAUUUAAAAAUAUUAGGAUUAUACUUUGGUAGCAGAAAUUAAAUAGGUGGGUAAGGAAUGAGUUAUUUAGGUCAAUAGCUUUUACAUUUAUAAAAUUUAAAUAAGUUUUCACUUGGUUUAGGAGAAGAAAAUAAAUUAUCUGAAAAUUCUCUAAAAAAUUUUGGUGAAAGUUUUAAUCAUAUAAAUAGUUUAACUCAUAUUGAUUUAGAUAUUUAUAAACAUAAUUUGAAAAAUAAUGAUUUCGGGAAUAUAGGAAAUGCUUUGAGUAUGUGCAAAAAACUUUAAUUCCUAAAAAUAAAAGUAGAUUAAGAACAUUAAAUAACUUAAAACAACAUAAAAUUAUUUGCUAAUAACCUCAGUUAGAAUAAAACUGUCAUUUAAAUUAAAUAUUCUCUUAAUUUGGAUAGAGAGGACCCAGACGAUUAUGGAAAUUAAGAUGAAGAGGAUGAGGAAAUAGAAGAUGAUCUUGAAGAGGAAAAUAAUGAAAUUUUAGAUGAAGAGAAUAGCUUAUAGAAUGACUAAGUAAAAGAAGAAGAUGAAGAUAUAGACAAAGAAGGCGAUGAUAUGAAAGAAGAUGAAAACUUAUCAGAAAAUGAAGGCAAUUAUCAAAAAGAUGAUGAAGAAUUUGAUAAAGAAGAUUUGGAAAAUAUGGAUAUAUAAGAAUUUUAAUAGGAUAUGAGUUAUUUAGGAAACCAAAACAGUCAAAGUGAGAUAUCAAAUUAACAAUAAAUUUAGGAUUUAGAUGCUUUUGCUAAAAAAUUAUUUAUAAGAAAAAUAAAAUAAUUAGUUAAUUUAAUUCAUUGA